AUGUUUGCAGAGGCAGAGGGUGCCUCAGGUGGGCUGGUUACAAAGUGGAAUAGGGACUGCUUUUCCGUUAUAAACUCCAUUGUUAAGAAAAAUUAUAUUUUCCUUCAUGGUUCAUUGAAUAAUGUUGAAUGCAUAAUGGUUAACAUCUAUGCACCUAAUGAUGCUCAUUCAAGGAGGGAGGUGUGGAAUGAUGUGUGUACCCUAAAAAGCCAGAGUCAACUCCCAUGGUGUAUUGGAGGGGAUGUCAAUGAAAUCAAUGUAACUGGUAAGAGAUCGAGUUGUACAAGACUUGACAGGGGUAUGAGAGAUUUCAUACAGUUCAUAGAUAAUUUGGAGGUGGUGAACAGUCUUAUGAUUGGCAGACGCUUCACCUGGUCCAACUUUCAGGAUUCAGCUGUCCACAGUAGGCUUGAUAGGUUCCUUAUGUCCAUGGAUUUCCUACACCACUUUAAGAUGAUACAGUGGGGACUACACAGACCUAUUUCAGAUCACUGCUCAAUCAUGAUCUCAGAUGACAAUCGUGAUUGGGGGCCUAAACCUUUUAGAUUUAUGGACAUGUGGCUUACAAACCCUAAAUGUAUGAAACUGGCUGAGGAAACUUGGAAUGUUGGUAAUGUGCAAAGGUGGGCUGGUUUUAGGGUGGUCCGCAAGUUACAAGAGAGACAAAAAUCAAGGGGGAAAUGGCUCAAACUGGGUGACAAAAAUACUAGGUUCUUUCACUCAGUUGCAAAUCACAGAUUUCUCAAGAACAUCAUUGGAGCAAUCAGAGAUGAUGAGGGUUGGGUGGAAGAACCAAAACUAAUCAAAGAAGCAGCAAUGAAAUACUUCAACUCCAUCUUUAAAAAGGGGGAUGAUAUCAGACCUACUCUAGGGGGUGUAUUCAACAAAAGACUACAUGGAGACUUGUCUAUAGAGAUGGAAACACAUUUUGAGGAAGUAGAAAUUUUAUUGGCCCUAAAGAGUUGCAGCUCGUUCAAAGCACCUGGGCCAGACGGCUUUAAUUUCUCUUUCUUCAAGAAAGCAUGGCCUUUCAUGAAAAAGGAUGUUGAUGGACCUAUAAAGUUUCAGGAAUUCAGACCAAUAAGUACGGUGGGUGGUUUAUACAAAUUGUUAUCAAAGGUUUUAGCAAACAAGCUAGAGAAGACACGUCCAGCUCUGAGUGGGGAAGCUCAAACAGCGUUAGUCAAUGGUAGACAAAUCCUCGAUGGGGCUUCCGAUACUGUAAAUUGGGAGUUUCUUUUGGAUAUGUUGCACAAUGUGGGUUUUGGUGUCAAAUGGUGCUCAUGGGGAGACCCAUUAUCCCCUUUCCUUUUUACCAUAGUUGCUGAGGCCUUAAAUGUUCUACUGGAGAGGGCAAAGGAAAUGGGUUUGAUCAAUGGCGUUAGUAUUGGGAAUGGAGGUUUUGUUUUAACAUAUCUUCAAUAUGUAGAUGACACCAUCAAUUUUUGCAAGAACAACAUAGAGGAGAUCAGGCUUAAAAUUAACUUCUCAAAGAGUGUAGUGUGUGGCAUAGGCAUUCCAGAAACUACUCUUACCCAAAUGGCCAAUAGAAUGGGGUGUAGAGUGGACAAACUUCCCCUAAAGUACCUUGGACUUCCUCUAGGUGCAAACCUAAGAAGAAUCAGUACGUGGCAGCCUAUUGUGGAUAGGAUCAAGAAAAAACUAUCAAAGUGGAAAGGGAGGCGCACGACCAAAGGGGGUAAAUUAACUCAGAUUAAAUCAUCUGUCAGCAUCUUACCUAUCUACUAUAUGUCUUUAUUCAAAAUGCCUAUCACUGUGGCCAAGUCCAUUGAGAAAAUUCAAAGGCAAUUCUUUUGGGGAGACACAUUGGAGAAAAAGAAGUUACAUUUGGUGAAAUGGAGCUGCUUGACAAAAAGCAGAAAAAGGGGUGGUUUGGGUAUCAAGAAACUACUGGAUCAUUACUUAUCUCUCCUUGCAAAAUGGUGGUGGAGAUUCUACAAGGAGAAAGGAUCUUUAUGGCAUAAGGUGAUCUCUAUGAAGUACGGGUUGGACAAUAGUGAAUGGUUACUGCAGCUCCCAAUGCCUACGAGAGCGUCAAACGUUUGGAAAGAUAUUUGUUCAGUGGGCGAUAUCUCUUCAGAAUUUGGCAAGUACCUUCAUGACGGCUUCAAGAUUGAGGUCAAAUCAGGCAACCUAACAAAAUUCUGGAAACACAAGUGGCUUGGGGAGACUCCUCUUAGAAGCCAACUCCCUAGACUUUAUGCGGCAUCCUUACAACAAGAAACCAAAAUUGCUGACAUAGGAGAGAGAUCAACACUUGGCUGGUGGCCACUUAAUUUCAGAAGGAAUUUACACGAUUGGGAGAAUAUGAAGGGGCGCAAGAAUGCCCCCUUUGUGCAGAGGCUUGUGAAACCCCAAGACACUUGCUUCUCCAUUGCAGAUUCUUAUGGGAAGUGUGGACGGGUAAAGGAGGUUAUAUUCAAUAAUAAGCAUUUGGAUAUAGAUGAAGUGGUGGACUUAAUCAAAAUUAGGGUAGCAUUUUGGAUCAAGGCAAAGCAUAAUGUCACGAAAUACUCAGUGGAAUAA